ACAGCGCCUGUAGGAAGCAGAGCAGGAAGGAGCCGAGGAAAGGAAGUGGUCAACAGCCCCCGGGUCCCAGAGAUCCCCUUGUGAUGCUGGCCAGACUAGUGCUUGGGACCUCGGGCAGGACGGCCCUAGGAUCAGUGGAGCCUGCGCUUGGCGGUUUGAAGUCAAUAUGGGGAAGCAGCCAACAUUUUUGUUCCACUCCUUCUAAGGGUGUGACUUACAGGGAACUAAAAAGCCUACUGAACUCCAAAGAUAUUAUAUUAAUUGAUGUUAGAAAUACAUGGGAAAUUCUUGAGCAUGGAAAAAUACCUGGAUCAAUCAACAUACCAUUGGAUGAGGUAGGUGAAGCUCUGCAGAUGAACCCAAGGGACUUCAAAGAGAAGUACUGUGAAGUGAAGCCAUCCAAAUCUGACCGUCUAGUGUUUUCUUGUUUAGCUGGAGUGAGAAGUAAGAAGGCUAUGGACACAGCAAUAUCACUGGGCUUUAACAGUGCUCAACAUUAUGCUGGAGGAUGGAAGGAAUGGCUAGCCUAUGAAAUUUCAGAGGAGAAACAAGAAAGUUGACUUUUGGAAUAACGGACUCUGUGUUCAUAUAUACAAGGAUGGUGGACUAAGCAAAAGAAGAAACCGGCAUUGGCACCAAAGGCUAAUAGAUUCUGAAUGACUACUUGGCACCAAGGGCUAAUAGAUUCUGUAUGACUACGUGGCACCUGUUUUACUCAUCUGAGAACUGAGGGUGCUGCUCCCCUGAACAUCUUCUUUUCUUUUUCUUUCUUUUUUUUUUUUUUUUUUUUUUUUUUUUUUUUUUUUUUUUUUUUUUUUUUUUUU